UACUUUCGACAGAAGAGAACAGGGAAAUGAAGUUGUCAGACAGGCCAGCCCAGCAACUCUGUCUCUACAAGUAGGCAGCUAGCAACUUUACAGAGACUCACACAAAACAUCACAGCUAUGAAUGUCGUCCGUUUGAACAACUUGUAACCACGGUUGGUGCGACUUUAUCAAAAAAAAAAAAGGUCAAUACGUCGCCUGUGGCUAAGUGAAGAAAGUGGAGACAAUUUGCUAGCUCGCUAGCUAACCUUUAGCCACCGAGCGUCUUUCGGCUUCAAAACUAGAUUUCAUUCGAGCUCUACGUUUGGAUUACCUGUCGUCAGUCAUGCCUUUUCCUUUUGGGAAGUCUCAGAAGAGUCCGGCUGAAAUUGUGAGGAGUUUGAAGGAGAAUGUGGCGUACAUGGAGAAGCUGGAUGCAGGAGACAGCAAAAAGUGUGAAAAGGUUGCAGAGGAGGUGUCCAAACAUCUAGCCUCACUGAAAGAGGUACUUUGUGGCACAGGUGACAAGGAGCCUCAGACUGAAGCAGUGGCUCAGCUCGCACAGGAGCUGUACAACACCAACCUGCUCAUUGCUCUCAUAGCAAACCUGCAGAAGAUUGAUUUUGAGGGGAAGAAGGAUGUGGUCCAUUUGUUCAGCAAUAUUGUGAGACGUCAGAUUGGAACUCGCACACCCACGGUAGAAUACAUCUCUACACACCCACAGAUUCUCUUCAUGCUUCUGAAAGGAUAUGAGAGUGCAGAAGUGGCUCUUAACUGUGGCAUGAUGCUGAGAGAGUGCCUGCGUCAUGAGCCUUUGGCAAGGACAGUGCUCUUCUCUGAAGAGUUCUACUGCUUCUUCCGUUACGUGGAGCUCUCGACUUUUGACAUCGCCUCAGACGCUUUCGCCUCAUUCAAGGAUCUUCUCACAAGACACAAGAUCAUGUGUGCAGAUUUCCUGGAGAACAAUUAUGACAGGGUGUUUACAGAGUACGAAAAACUGCUGCAUUCUGACAACUACGUCACCAAACGGCAGUCUUUAAAGCUCCUUGGGGAACUUCUCCUGGAUCGACACAACUUCACCGUAAUGACGAAGUACAUCAGUCGGGCAGAGAAUUUGAAACUGAUGAUGAACUUGCUGAGAGAUAACAGCCGAAACAUCCAGUUUGAAGCAUUCCAUGUCUUCAAGAUGCGGCCACCUGAUAUUAGGAGGAAACCUGUCAAAUCAUUCAUUUACAUCAUCUCUCUUGUUUGGAAGGUUUUCGUUGCAAACCCCAACAAGACUCAGCCUGUGCUGGACAUACUGCUGAAGAACCAGACCAAGCUCGUGGAGUUCCUGAGCCACUUCCAGACGGACAGAUCCGAAGAUGAGCAGUUCUGUGACGAGAAAAACUAUCUGGUAAAGCAGAUCCGGGACCUGAAGAGACCCACGGCGCCCGAGGAAGCUUAACACUGCAGGGAUGACUGCUCUGUCAGGUGGUAGAUUUUAGAGGUGGUGGUUGGAUCUGCAGAGAGCUUAGUGAAAGCCUGACAAACAUGCUUCAUUAAAAUCUAAUAAGUACAAGAUAUAGGAAAAAAAACUACUUCCUUCACUUUCUGGUUUAGUGUGGAUGUGGAGGUGAUUUCCAUCCAGCAACCUGAGUGGGCCAAGAACUGUUAUUCAAACCACAGUGCUUCCUCUUAAGCGAUAAUGAAAUGCCUUUAGUCCGUUUUUGUAAAGUUGGACCUUAAACUGUUACCCUUCCAUUGUUGCUGGCAGAGACCUUAGACUGACAGAAAUUUUACACCAUUCACAGCUAACAUGAGCUCUGAGGUGUUUUUGAAAGUCCUUUUCCAGAACUUGUUGAUACUUUAGCGAUUGAAAUGCUGAGAAGUAAAUAUAUUAUUUUUCUAAUGUAUCUUCUGGUAAACCGUUUAAAGCGUAACUCUUCUCUCUGAACACUUACUUUAGCUACAUGCUUAUGUUUGGUUUAUUGUAAGCUGUUUUUUCUACAGGGACUUAAAGCUUUACAAACAUGGCUUUGUCAGAGUGACAUUUAGAUUAUAUUGGUAAGGUCAGCACACAGUAGUAAUAUUUGGCGAUUAAUGUGCAGUUAUGAGGCCUGUGGCUGCAUGUGUGAGGUUACAGAGGUCAGGAACAACCCUGCAGUGCUGUACCCGCCAAUGCAUUAGCUGUCAACGGAAGAGAAAAUCAAAACCAUAGAGGAAUCAAUUAAUUGCGCUGUGAUUUAUUUUUUUUAGGCUGUGCUCUGCGCUGCUUACAAGACUGAAAUAGUAACAGAGCAUCAGAUAAUGCUGCAGGGUACCAGCAGUCCAUUCGUGGCAAACAUGGACAGCCAGGAUGUACCAAUUGAUCUCACUGGGAGCACUCCAUUUCAUCUUCACACACUGAGCACAGAGAGCAGCCAUUUAGCCAAACAUGAGCACAAUAUAAGAUGAGAAGCAACACUGCUGUUCACUCAAUGGUGUUGCUCACAAGGAUGCAUGUUAAGAAUGUUACACUGUAUUUUUUUGUAAUAUUCACAUCAGAACUUUCACCGGGGAUCGCGUUUUUUUUACCGAUCUCUUCUUCUUCAUAUUGAACGACUACUACACCGGACUUGGGUAGUAAAACAGUGGAAGUAAUUCUUUGAUCGCUCUGGUGACAAAUCACCAGGACUGUAGUCAUCCAAAAAAAAUCUCAAUGAACUGAAGUCUACUUGCACAUGAUCAAUACAUUAACUGAAUGGGCCAGAGUGCACUGAGUUCACUCUACCUCCAGCCUUAUUUGCCGUAAUGAAUUAUAAAUAAACAUAGAACGCUAGUAUUUACAGCAUAUUGGAUCAUUUGAACCUGGUGGUUUUACGCUGAAAUGACUCAGCACACCAGCAUGCACCAUAAUUCUAUGAUUUCUAAAAAUAGAACUAUAUCCACAAGUGAUUUGAACACAGGAACUAUUGAUGAAUAUAACAAAGAAGUUAGCUGCUGUUUUGGUUAUUGAGCUGUGAUAAACAAACUGCAAAAUUUAAAUCAAUCUGUUUGAACAAAAUGUAGCCAUAUAAAUUACUUGCUCGACAUGGUGUCAGUUAGUUUGUAGAAGAAGAACAGAAGUAACUGUUAAAAAGAAAACUAAAAAUAAGCUAGAUUCAGCUGUGUCCAUUAGGUUGGAUUAGUUUUAAGCUCGGAAAAUGGUGUCUGUCUAAAUAAUGGAUUAAUCCUGGAAGACUGUUGAUAUGUCGCCUCUCUUCUUGUGAAAAUAACAGCUGAGAUUGACACUACAGCCCUAAAAAUCUCUUAAUCUCAUGUAAACAAUAACUCACAUUUAUUGAGUUAGUUACAUUAAACCAACAGCAGGAGGAAAAUCCAAAAACUUCUACACCGGAUACAAUAUGUUGUGUUUUUUGUCUCUUUUCUGAUAUGACAGUAACAAUACAUUUCAAUAAAAUGCACUGUACCAUUCCUUUGAUGCAUCCCAAAGUAGCUUCAAUAAGACGUCACCAGACUUGUCAGAGUAACCACAUGCACUGUUUAGACAUGAAUCCGUUUGUUUGGAGCACUGAAUUUAUUCCUCGCAUACGUUACUGAUCAGCUCUGUGUCUAUAAAAGGACAGCUGCCUUACUUCUGCCACGGUCACUAAAAAUGCUGUCUGUGCAGUCUUUUAGUAUAUACCUCAUGGGAUUUGAGUUUGCAAAUGCUGUGUUCUCUUUCUUUUCUUUCUUUCCUACAUAAGACAUUUUAUUUGACAUUUUAAAAUACAAAACAGUGGUUUGUAUGCAUGCCUGAUUAUGAUAUACAGUGUAUGUUCAAACUUGAACAGGGACUGCAGCCUGGUUUUCUCAGUGGAAAACUAGAUUUUUAAUCUUAGCUAUGUCAUUGGGUCGUCGCCACACCAAUGUUAAUUCAUAGUGAAUUGCAGUGUGGUGCCUUGUAAUGAAUGUUGCCUUAUUUAAAGACAUUUAAUGGAUCGUAAUGAUCAUGUAAAAUUCCAGACCUCAUAAUUUGUUUUAAACCAAAGUCAAUAUGAAAAGGGUAAAAAUGUACAUUUCAAGUCCCAAAUGCAUUACUAGUUCAUUUCUCAGGUGUAUUGAAAGUUUUAUUUUUCUGACUGCGUUACGCUCAAAAUGAUCCUGCGAGUGUAAAUAUAUUUUAAUCGAGAUCAGUAAGCAUCACUCAGAGUACUUUCUCAUUUCUGGUUAACUUCCUUUUUUUGUUGUGUUAUUUUUAAAUCACUGGUCACUGUUUUGUUAAACUGCACCAGACAGCCAUACGGUCGGCGUCAGGCCUUUUAGGGGUCAUAAAAUAAUCCGAGAACUCUGCUGUGAAUGUGGUACAUUACACAUAAAUAGACUGAAGUCCUGCAAACAGUACACCGUCAUGUCAUGAGGUUAUGAAAGAAAGAUAAAACCAUGUUCAAGUCUCUGAAAAUAUCCACAACAUUCGGAUCCUGUUCAAUCUUAUAAUGUGAACUAUUGUAAAUCAUUUCAUUUAACACACAGCCAUUACUAACGCCUCCGUAAAGCUCAAACAAACUCACAAAACAGUAAUAUUAUUGGUAAUAUUAUCUGAGAUUAUUUGACUGUGGUGUGAGAAAUUAAUUUAAAUUUUUUUAAAAAAGUUCUUUCGGAUUGGGUGUGUGUUUCUUGAAAUUUGAGUCCAGUCAUGACAUGCACUUUGGGAAGGACAUGUUGUACUCAGCCCCGCCACCAGAGGGAGCUGCUGGCAACAGUUGGCACCUUGUAUUAGUUGUACAAACAAAGCAUUUCAUGUUUCCAUAACCCUACCUCCAGUCAUAUAAGUCACUGGCAAUACUAUAUAGGCGUUAAUUCCUUCAGAUCAGUUCUAUAUAAUUCAUGAUUUAGAGUUUUCUGGGGUUUUUGUGCUUGACUUUUUUCCCCUUUUUUUACUCUGUUGCCUUCUUUUUCCGCCUUUCCCACACUGGAUAUUUUAUUUACCAUGGGAGCGAAAUAUUUGUACAUAACUUUAUAAAUGAUAAGUGAUGUGUGAAAGCAUUCAUGAAAAUAAAACGUUAUGACAA